AUGUACGUGAAGAGAAAUUUCGAGGUGAAGGUGACGAAAACCGAGGUUGUGGCGGCGGCCCUACCGAUGCAGGACCACUGGCUGCCGCUCUCCAACCUCGACUUGCUUCUGCCGCCGGUCGACGUCGGGAUUUUCUUCUGCUACGGCGGCGCCGCGGCCGCCGCCGGUGUCCUGAAGAAGGCACUCGCGCAGGCACUCGUCUCGUACUACGCCUUCGGAGGGGAGCUGGUGAAGAACGGCGCCGGCGAGCCGGAGCUGCUGUGCAACAACGGCGGCGUGGAUUUCUCGGAGGCACGAGCUGACGUGGCACUGGAGGAGAUCGAUUUCCACCGGCCGGAUGAGAGCGUCGAUGGCAAGCUGGUGCCGGUGAGGAGGCGCGGGGUUCUCGCCGUUCAGGUCACCCAUCUGAACCGCGGCGGACUUGUGGUGGCGUGCACCUUCGCCCACCAGGUCGCCGACGCCCACUCGACCAACAUGUUCCUCAUCUCCUGGGCUGAGAUGGCGCGCUCGGAGCCACUCUCCCAGCCGCCGUCCUUCCGCCGCUCCCUUCUCCUCCCCCGCCGCCCCGGCCGCUACCACCUCUCCGUCGACCACAUGUACAUCCCGAUCUCCGCCCUUCCUCCGCCGCCGGAAAAUAAACCCCUAAACGACGACGCACAAUCGGCACUCAGCCGCAUAUACUACAUCAGCUCCGAUCGAAUCAACGAGCUCCAAUCCCUAGCCAACAGAAGUCGGACCAAGCUGGAGGCCUUCUGCGCCUUCGUCUGGAAAACAAUCGUCUCCGGCGAAUCCUCCUGCAGCGACGACGGUUUCUGCCGGCUGGGCGUCGUGGUCGACGGCCGUAGCAGAUUGGCCGCCCCCGAUAUCGCCUCCUAUUUCGGGAACGUCCUCUCGAUCCCGUUUGGGGAAAAGCGAAUUAGGGAUCUGAGGCGAAAAUCCCUAAAUUGGGUGGCCGACGAGGUCCACGCGUUCCUGCAGGCGGCCCUGAGCAAGGAGCAUUUUCUGGGGCUAAUCGAUUGGGUGGAGGAGCACAGGCCCGAACCGGGCCUGUCGAGAAUCUACGCGGCACCGGCCACGGCGGAGGAGCCGGCGGUGGUGGUGUCCUCCGGGCAGCAUUUUCCGGUGAGUAAGGUGGAUUUCGGGUGGGGCCCGCCGGCGUUCGGGUCUUACCAUUUCCCCUGGGGAGGAAAAUCGGGCUAUGUGAUGCCAAUGCCGGGCCCGAAAGGGAAUGGAGAUUGGAUUGUUUAUAUGCAUCUGCUUAAGGAGCAAUUGGAUCUGAUUGAAACUAAUGCAGGUCAUGUGUUUGUACCUCUUUCUUCUGAUUAUAUAUUUUCAUGUUGA